AUGUUCGAUAACGGGAACAAUCUCCGCAUGCACCUCAAUUCCCGCACCCAUCGCGGCGCCAAUGUCUCGUGCCCCUUCUGCCAACGAGCCUUCACUUCCGCCAGUGGCGUCUCACAUCACCUCGAAGCCGGCUCUUGCCCAAACGCACGCUGCGUCAACCGUGAGAGUAUCUUCCAUACCCUGCGACAGCGCGAUCGAAACGGCAUCAUUACGAACAACCUCUUGGAAUGGCACGGGGAGACCUGGUCUACUGAAAACGCCUGGAACGGCCACACAUACCAGUGCUACCUUUGCCGCCGCGGAUUCACUGCUACGGGCGACCUCGAUCGUCAUCUGAAGAGCCCUGCGCAUAUGCAAGAGAUAUACCAUUGUCCGAAUAAGGUGCGAUGCGGGUCGCAGUUCAAGACCUUGGCUGGCAUGUUCAAUCACUUGGAGAGUGAGAGUUGCGGAUUCAUCAAGUUCAGUGGCGUGCAGAGCAACGUAGGAGGCAUUUUAGCGGGGAAUCAGAGGAUGAUUGGCUUUUCCUAG